AUGACCACAUCUUAUCUUAUCAUACCAAUUUCAGCUUACGUCACGGAUGCCCCUGUCGAACGCCCCUCCAUUUUACCCACCACCAUCUCCAUCAUGCCUCUCAAAGUACCUCUGCUCCCUGAAGAUAUACUAUUUGUCGUCAUGACCUUUCUCGAUGCAACUGAUAUUCGCUCCAUGGCACUUGUGUGUCAGUCGUUCUAUGAGAUAUUCAAGUCACCUACGAUCCAAUACAUCUACGAGCUUCAACUUGAUGGAAUGCGAGACGCUGGAUCGAUGAGGUCGCACGCAGGGCUACUAGAGCGGCUACGAGACCGGAGACGGGCCUGGGAGACGCUGGACUGGAAGGACGUUUAUGAUGUGGAGAUCCCGAAUGGUUUCAGCGCAUACGAGUUCGUCGCCGGCGCCUUCUCGCGGACGAAUGGAACAGAUUUCUCCGUUCAUUGGCUCCCCUCCUCCACUCAAAGUGGCCAUGAUAUUGUUCACCCAUCGGUUGGCGUCACCAUCCGCGACUUCGCGAUCGACACCACGCAAGAUUUAGUUGUUUUCUUGGAAGAGAAUCAGACAUCCGAAGGGAUACUGCAUAUGAACCUCCACUGUCGGGCCGUCUCCACCAACGAAAUCCACCCUCACGCUGCCAGUGGUGUCAUGUCAUUCGACAUAACACCACAUGAGGUUUACGGAAGCAGGGUGUCGGCAGCAGAGCUACAAAUCGCAGACGAUAUCCUCGUUCUUUUCGUCUCCGCAAGCGCAGGAAAUCGAUUCCUGAUCUGGAAUUGGGAGAAGGGAGUACAACUCUAUGAUUCACUUGACGAAGACAUCUCAGACGUGAUUGAAGAUUUCAACAUCCUCCAACGUGGCAAGCUCAUCAUCACGACCCCAACGAAUGUGUACGGAAAUAUCCUGAUUUACGACUUUUGUCCGACAACUCAAGGACCAAUUUCCCUGUUGGCGAUCCUCGAGCUGCCUGUUCUUUCACCCAACUACCGUGUGCUCAACGUCGGGGUCCAUUCAGGACCGCUUCAAAGGUAUCCAACUCCUGGGACGCUUUUCACCCCAUCACCCGACGCCCACAUCCAUACUUUCACUCUGUCCUACGUCAAGGGCCCGAGGCCCGGAGGACAACUCGCAUUCAAAAAUUACGUGCUUUUCGUUCCUAGUUCCAUCCUUCUUCGCUAUUGCAAACACGACCCUUCCGAAGAACCUUCAGAUAUUCAAUGGGCGACCUGGGGUGAACAUGGUAGCCUUUUGAUAGGCCCGCGGCCAUCCUUUCAGUGGCUCCGGUACGCCCACGGCCCACGCGUCGUUCUCAAGUCCGACGAUGGAAAGGGCAUCGAGGUACUCGACUUCUCAGACGCGAAUCCGCAACGUGCCGCUCUAAGACGCCAACACAAUCCAACCGUAGUUCCUGAGGAAGAUGUUUUCCUCGACGAAAUCGUGACUUACCUCCCGCAUCGCAGGACUGUUCGUAAGGUCGAGCAAGAUUUCUUCGCUUACAUGAUCGACGAGGAGAGGAUAGUCGGAUUAAACAGCCCCGGCGAUACGACUGAAAUGCAGGUUUAUUGUUUUUGA